AUGAACUUACUAUCUAAUAAUUUAUUAAGAUAUUUAACUGAAUCAGAAAAAUUAUUAGUUUUAUCUAAACCUAUACUUUAUAAUGAUUUAAUAAAUAAAGAAUAUACUAAAUAUUAUAAUAAUAAUCUCAUAGAUUUAGAUUAUAUUAUAGGUUUAUUUGAAGGUAAUGGUAAUAUAAAUGUAUAUUUAACUAAAAAUACUACAAAUUCAUUAAGAAUAAAAAUGUAUUUUAAUAUAUCACAAGAUAAAUCAAUAUUAGAAGAAAUUCAACAAUAUUUUAAUUGUGGUAAUAUUUAUAAUAUAAAUAAUAUUUAUAGAUAUGAUGUAAAAAGUAUUAUGGAUAUUAAAAAUAAAAUAAUACUUAAAUUAAUUAAUUAUGAUAUAGAACUAAAUAUAAAAUUAUAUAAAUAA